GGGAGAGUGAGGGAGAGGCUGGAAGACAAGGUAAGGGAAGAGUGGCGGGAGCAAGAGGGAGCCCGGCAACUGGCAGCCUGUGGAGGGGGAUCCUGAGGGGACAGUGAGGCUGAGUGAUCGUGACGUAGCCUGCAGGAUGUCUUCUCGGUGAGAGGAAGGCUUUUGCACUAUGGCUGUUUUUGAUACUCCUGAGGAGGCCUUUGGCGUCUUACGUCCCAUCUGCGUUCAGCUCACAAAGACCCAGACCGUGGAGAACGUGGAGCAGCUGCAGGCACAGUUACAAGCCGUGAGUGACUCUGCCCUUCAGCAACUUCAGCAGUACAUCCUCUUCCCUUUGCGAUUUGCCCUAAAGACCCCUGGUCCCAAAAGGGAGCGCUUGAUCCAGAGCGUGGUGGAAUGCCUCACGUUUGUCCUCUCCUCAACAUGUGUGAAGGAACAGGAACUUCUCCGGGAACUCUUUUCGGAACUCUCUGCUUGUCUGUAUUCGCCCAACUCCCAAAAACCUGCCACUGUGUCAGAGGAGUUGAAAUUGGCCGUGAUCCAGGGACUCAGCACAUUAAUGCACUCGGCGUAUGGGGACAUUGUGGUGACUUUUUAUGAGCCCUCCAUGCUGCCUCGUUUAGGAUUUGCGGUGUCUUUACUGUUAGGCCUAGCAGAACAGGAGAAAUCAAAGCAAAUUAAAAUUGCUGCCUUAAAAUGUUUACAGGUUCUUCUGCUUCAGUGUGAGUGUGACGACCAUCCAAGGUCCUUGGAUGAGCUUGAGCAAAAGCAGCUGGGGGACUUGUUUGCUGCUUUUUUACCUGGAAUCUCCACUGCACUGACCAGGGUUAUCACGGGCGAUUUUAAACAAGGGCACACCAUUGUCGUAUGUUCCCUAAAGAUCUUUUACAGGACAGUGGGCUUCAUCAUGGCUGAUGAACAGCUCAGAAGAAUCUCCACGGUCCAAGAAAAGCCUGCCGUGGAGCACCAAGUAGCAAAGCUGAUGGUUCACAGGGAAGCCGAUUGGGUGAAAAGUACUGGCGACAAGUUGACUAUCCUUCUUAAAAAGAUCAUUGAGGGCGUUUCAGUUCACCCACACUGGAAGGUGAGGCUGGAGCUGGUAGAACUUGUGGAGGUCCUUCUUUUGAAAUGCACUCAGUCACUGGUGGAAUCGGCUGGCCCCCUUCUGAAGGCUUUGGUGGGCCUACUAAAUGAUGAGAGUCCUGACGUCCAAGCCCGGUGCCAUAAAGUGCUGAGACAUUUUGCAGAUCAGAAAGUAGUGGUGGGCAACAGAGCCUUUGCUGACAUCUUGGCAGAACACCUGCAUUCCCUUGCCACCUCUCUUCCCCGCCUAAUGAACUCCCAAGACGAUCAGGGCAAGUUCUCUACUCUCUCCUUGUUGCUCGGGUAUCUGAGACUCUUGGGCCCCAAAGUGAACUUUGUCCUCAACUCUGUGGCCCACCUCCAGCGCCUCUCCAAAGCGCUUAUCCAAGUCCUGGAAUUGGACGUGGCUGACAUCAAAAUUGUUGAAGAGCGGCGUUGGAACUCUGAUCAUCUGAGUACUUCCCCGAAGACCUCCGCCUCACGGCCAUGGAGUCAGAUCCAGAGAAGAUACUUCCGCUUCUUCACGGAUGAGAGGGUAUUCCUGCUCCUGCGCCAGGUCUGUCAGCUUCUUGGUUUUUAUGGGAACCUCUAUUUGCUUGUGGAUCACUUUCUGGAAUUGUACCACGAAUCCGUGGUUUACCGGAAGCAAGCUGCCAUGGUCCUUAAUGAACUGGUUGUAGGAGCUGCCGGGUUGGAGGUGGAGAAUCUUCACGAAAAGCAUAUUAAAACAAGCCCAGAGGAACUGAGCGAGAUUGUGACAUCUAUACUUGAGGAAUACACGAGCCAAGAAAACUGGCAUUUGGUCACAUGCGUUGAAGCUGAAGAAAUGGGGGAGGAGCUAACAAUGCAGCAGUCAGGCCUCCAGGCCAUCACAUCUGGUUCAUCUACCUGCCAAGUUACAUCUUUUCCAGCCUUCUCAAAGCCAAGCCCCACUAUUUGCUCCAUGAACAGCAACAUCUGGCAAAUAUGCAUCCAGUUGGAAGGGAUUGGCCACUUUGCACAUGCACUAGGAGCAGACUUUCGUUUGCUGUUGAUGUCAGCCCUCUAUCCAGUACUGGAGAAGGCUGGGGACCAAACCCUGCUCAUUAGCCAGGCAGCUACCAGCGCCAUGAUGGACAUUUGCCUUGCCUGUGGCUAUGACUCCCUGCAGCACCUGAUCAAUCAGAAUUCAGACUAUUUGGUGAACGGGAUCUCUUUAAAUCUGCGUCAUCUGUCUCUGCACCCCCAUACCCCAAAAGUGUUGGAAGUCAUGCUGCGGAACUCAGAUGCUAGUCUGCUUCCUUUGGUGGCAGAUGUGGUUCAAGAUGUCUUGGACACCCUGGACCAAUUUUAUGAUAAGAGAGCUACUUCCUUUGUCGGUGUUCUGCAUGCCCUGCUGGCAGCAUUAGCCCAGUGGUUCCCAGACACAGGUGAUCUCGGGCAACCCCAAGCACAAAGUGUCGGGGAGAAGGGAAGUCAUUCGAGCCCAAGACCAGCAGCUCUUGAGAAAGGCCUUGAGAAAUCCACCACAGCAGAAGACAUUGAACAGUUUUUGCUGAACUACCUCAAAGAGAAGGAUGUGGCAGAUGGGAAUGUCUCCGAUUUCGAUAAUGAGGAAGAGGAGCAGUCAGACCCUCCCACAGUGGACGAGAAUGACACCGUCCCCGAUGUGGAGCCGCCACGGCCAGUGCAGAUCCAAAUAGCUGCAGACGUGAUGGAGCGCUGCAUCCACUUGUUGUCAGACAAAAAUCUGAAAAUCCGCCUGAAGGUCUUGGAGGUUCUGGAUCUGUGUGUGGUGGUUCUGCAGUCCCACAAGAACCAGCUCCUUCCCCUGGCCCACCGUACCUGGCCCUCGCUCGUGCAUCGCCUCACCAAUGAUGACCCCCUGGCAGUGCUCAGAGCUUUCAAGGUUUUACGUACCCUGGGAGGCAAGUGUGGUGAUUUCCUCCGAAGCCGGUUCUGCAAAGAUGUCCUGCCAAAGCUGGCUGGCUCCUUAGUCACCCAGGCUACUGUCAGUGCCAGGGCCGGACCAGUUUACUCCCACACGCUGGCCUUCAAGUUGCAGCUGGCUGUCUUGCAGGGCCUGGGCCCCCUCUGCGAGAAACUGGACCUGGGUGAGGGUGACCUGAAUAAAGUGGCUGAUGCCUGCUUGAUUUACCUCAGCGCCAAACAGCCCGUGAAAUUACAAGAGGCUGCCAGGAGGGUUUUCCUCCACUUGAUGAAGGUAGACCCAGACUCCACCUGGUUCCUCCUGAACGAACUUUACUGCCCUGAGCAGCUCACACCUCCCCACCCCAGCCUCCACCCGGUGCAGCUGCGGGGGGCCGUGGGGCAGCAGAACCCUUACACAGCCAACGUGCUCCUCCUGCUCCAGGAGCUGCAGUGACCCCUCCCUCCCCCACUGGGCAGGCACGGGCCAGAGGAGGUCACCUCCACUGCCUGCAGGUGGGGAGCUGACCCCACCCUGGCCGAAGGCCUUGGCUGCUGCAGCAGAGAAGACUGCAAAGGUGGAUUAAACAGCCAAUCGAUUUAUAAAUUGAUUGAUCACGCAACUGCUUAGAAAUUGGAUUGAAGGAAAGUAGCUGACUGUUAUUUAUAUUUCUAUACCUGGUGUUUUCAAAUGACAUUGUCGGGCAGCUCUAAGGGCUUAACUCCUUAGCUUACUAUCUCCUGAGGUCCCAGCUGCCUCACCGGCCACCCCUUCCAUCACCACACACACACCUGGUGUGGGCAGAGGCCUGUUCUGUGCAUUGUGUGUGUCCCCGGAGAGCCUGAGGACCACGUGAAAGCAGCACUCGUCCAGGCGUGUUCAGAACACAGCCCAGCAUCACAGACACACACACAACUCCCUCACCACGAAGAAUGAGAUGGAACUAACGUGUUGCACCUUACCUGUUCUUGGGAAGAAAAUGAAAUAAAGGCAUUUCUUGGAUGAAAA